AUGGAAAGUUGGAUUACCCCUGACAUGGGAACCGCCAGCUCAGGGCCCAAACAAAUAACAUACUGGCAAAUGUUUGUGGAGAAUCACAAAAAGUUGCUUGAGAAUGGACAGAAGUGGGUGAAGGAGACGGCAGAUAAAUGUAUGUUCGUCUCAACUCUAAUUGCCACAGUGUUGUUCGCUGUUACUUUCACUGUGCCUGGAACCAAUAAUGACAAUAAUGGAUUCCCAUUAAAGGACUCUAUCCUAGUUUUUCCAAUUUCAGAUGGGUUAGGUUUGCUCUGCUCCGUAAUGGCCAUCGUUGUAUUCUUAGCCAUCUUAACUUCGCGGGAUGAGCCGCUAGAUUUUCUUGACAAUAAGAAGAUCAUAAUGAGCCUUUCUUCUCUCUUCCUCUCCUUGACUUUCAUGCUGGUGGCCUUCGCUGCAACUCUCACGUUUGUGCUGGAUAAGACAUUGGAGUGGGUUGUUAUUCCCAUUACUUUGCCGAACUCUCUUCCCGUGACUUUAUUCAUAGUACUUCAACUUCCCCUGCUAUUCCAAAUGGUUAAAUCCACUUAUGGACCUAGCAUCUUUCGUGUCGAGGGCAUACGGAAGUGA